CAACCAAUCAAGUACCAGAUAAUCUAUUCCUGCCGAGAUAUCCUUUUGGAGGAAGAUAUUUUGUUUCAUUGCCUAUCUUUUUACAAAUUAAUGUUUUCGAUACAUUUCUUCAAGUGAUAUUAAAUAAUUUUAAGCAACACUAGUAUCAAGCACUAAGCAUCAUUCAAAUAUUACCAUACUGAAAUACAUACUUAGUCUGUAGUGCGUCGUGUAGUAGUUUAGGUUAAAUUAGAUUAGAUGUGUAUACAUGCGUAGCACGUGUUUUGUAGAGAGUAUUAAAACAUUUAUUUUAUUUACGAAUUAAAUAAAAAAGUACAAAAUGAAGAUUAAAAAUUUGAAAAAGAAUCCUCUAAGUCGUCCUAAAAAGGAGAAAGAAAAUGCAGUGGAAGAGAAUAAUUCAAGUACAUCGAGUCAAUCUGCAGAGGUUAUGUUGCCAACUGAAAGUAAUUUCAAUCAUAUUAAAUGUAAAGCUGUCAGGUACGAAAAGUGUAAGCAAUUGUUAAAACAAAAAGCAAAAGCUAAAAAGGAAGCAAAAAAAAAUAGAAUACAAGAGGGUGCUCCAAAGCAAGUACCGCAUACAAUAGAAAGUUUAAGAGAAAAAGAUGAAACCGCAAUAGUUGGUGAUUUGGAUGAUGAGGAAAAUGAAGAGGUUAAAGUUGAUUUGGAGCAUGAUGAAUUUGCUGCAUAUUAUAGAAAAGAAUAUGAGCCUAAGGUUUUGAUAACGUAUUCUGAUAAUCCAACAAGGAAGACUAGAAUUUUUGGUAGAGAACUUACACGAAUGAUACCAAAUUCUAUAUCUUUGUAUAGAAAUCGGUCUGGUGUUAAAAAGAUUGUUAAAAGUGCUAUUGCUAGAAAUUUUACAGACCUAAUUAUAGUCAAUGAAGAUCGCUGUGUACCAAAUGGAAUGUUAAUAAUUCAUUUGCCUGAUGGACCAACAGCAUAUUUUAAAUUGAGUAACGUUAAAAUCACACCUGAAUUAAGACGUAAUCAUAAAGAAAUUACAGAACAUAGGCCAGAAGUUAUUUUAACUAAUUUUACAACUCGUUUGGGAUAUACUGUAGGAAGAAUGUUAGGUGCAUUGUUCCAUUAUGAGCCUGAGUUUAAAGGUAGAAGAGUUGUAACUUUUCAUAAUCAAAGAGAUUACAUCUUCUUUAGACAUCAUAGGUAUGAAUUCAAUUUGAAGACAGGUAAACCAAGAUUAAAAGAGUUAGGUCCACGAUUUACUUUAAAAUUGAAAUCAUUACAACAUGGUACAUUUGAUAGUAAGUAUGGAGACUAUGAAUGGCUUAUUCAAGGGCGGCGACAUGAAAUGGAAAUCAGUAGAAGAAAAUUCUUCUUAUAAAUUCAUUGGUAAUAACUUUUUUAUUUAUAUAAUUUAACAAUAAUAUAAAUAUAUAUAGAAAUUUAUUUCUGAUGAUUUGUAUAAAAAAAAAAAAA